CCAGUCCAAUCCAAUCCAAGUCCGAACCGUCACAGAUUUUGAGUAGUAGCAGUUUUGAGUUGCAUGGGGUAAAUUUUUCGACGCCCAUGGAAGUCCACCAAACGAUAAUAGGUGAUCCCGUGGAGCCGUCAGUGAGGAUUUUCAUCAAUGUUGAAACUGAGCUAUUUUCUACUGAUCUGCUCUUUCCGUGUGGCGUUCCGAUCAACGGCUUGGUGUCCCUGGUCGUCGGAAAUUUCACGCAGGAACGUCUCCAUGAUUUCGAAAAGCCCAACAACGAACCUAUUUCGACGACGACGCGUCGAAUCUCGAAACAGAAGCUGAUCAUCAACGCUGACUAUUCAAAUGGGACACCACUCUGCAUUCCGAAACCGUGCGACACAGAAUACAGUGUGGAGGCAUUUUGGCAGUAUGUAGCCCCAAAGGACGGCACUGUAACAUUAAGUGCUCGACAUUUGAAAAAAGUAGAUGACGACUCACCCAUUUGCAGUGACAACGACGAUGUGGUGUCAGCAGAGCCAGAGUUAACUAUCGACAGUUCCGACCCCCAGAAGUCUAUCAACGCGGACGAUCUUCAGGAGCAGCCUCAAAUACGAGCAAGCUUCAUAACUUCAGAUGUAUCAGACACCGAGUCUGUACAACUAGAGGAAGAUUCUGACGGGAACGAAAAGCUACCUAACCAAAAGAAACGUCGUCGUCGAAGGUUGCUUCAGGACAAUCUCUACGUUUGUGCAUUGUGCGAGAAAGGAUUUGAAUCUAGAACGUUGUGCAGAAAACAUGUCUGGCAACAUCUUCCGCAAGUACAGGAUACCGUGAAAUGCCCAAAUUGUGGUAACGACUUUAAAGCUUCCAUGAUACGCGACAAACACGAAGGGAUCUGCGCAGACUGCCAGAACAAUCGGCACCGCUGUAGUGUCUGUUCGAAAGGUUUUCCCCUGGUGGUGUCCCUCGAAAAGCACAUGCGUACACAUAGCGAUCACAUAUACGUGUACUGCUGCGAGUACUGCGGAUGGAUGUCAAUGUCACAGUUUUUCUACAUGCUUCACAUCAAGAACCGUCAUAAAGACGAAAGCGAGGCACCCAGUGUCAACGUGGCAGGAGCUGAUACUGGCACGAGCCGUUCGUGUACGAUGUGCUCGUUUCUUGGAGCUUCCGACCUCUCGUUGAGCAAACAUUUCAGGGAAGAGCACGAGGGAGCCAACCUCUUCCCUUGCACUUUCUGCUCGCUCAUCUUUGCGGAAGAAAGUGCCUGCGAGAAGCACAAACGGGACAGUCACCGCAUACUCCUCGAGGCGAGGGACUCGAAAGUAUACUACAUCUGCCAGGUCUGCGGAAAAGAGAUCACUUCGUCUCUAGCCACCUACAGCAAGCACAUCAGUUCGCACGAGAACGCGGUCCAGUAUCCGAAUCACAACCCCCACGAAAAGAACUUCCUCUGUUCAGAGUGCGGCAUCCGCCUCAAGUCGAGCAAGAACCUGCGCCAGCACAUGGUGACGCACCAAGAGCGCGUGGGAGUCCAAUGUCCGCAGUGCAACGGAACGUACCUCAGUGCUUCCCUCUUGCAGAGGCACAUCGAUCGGGUACACAACCCGAGGCUGCGCGCGUGUCGCUACUGUUCCAUGAAGUUCACGGAAACCACCUUCUACAAGAAACACCUGUUUCGUGCCCACCAGCCACAGUUGACAGAGAAGGAGCGCAGAUUCAUAUCGAACCUCAAGAAGUACACCUGCGGGUCCUGCCCAUACACAACCUUUUGUCGUAAGUCCUGGAAAAAACAUGAAUCGUACCACAUGGGGCUUCGCGCAUUCGCCUGCAGCGAGUGCCCAAAGAGGUUCUCCCUCAAGCUGAACCUGGACCAACACUACGCAUCCGCUCAUCUUCGCCAAGGUGGACGGUGCAAGUUCUGCCGACGUUACUUCCUCAACGACGAGUCCUUACAGAAUCACCUGACGAUGCACGUGGACAACACAGGUCACAUCUGCAAGUACUGCAAGAAACUGUUCGAGUCUGAAGAGAAGCUCAGCCGCCAUGUCAUGUCAUGCCCGUUCCAGAUGCCGCAUGGCAAUUACGACUGCGAGACCUGUGGAAAGGUGUUUUCACUGCCCAAGAGUCUGAGCAUGCACAAGAGAACUGCGCACAGGAUCCAGAUCCUCAACACGAAAGAGACCCCGUGCGAAGCCUGUGGCAUGACGUUCAAGUUUGUCGGGAGCCUCGAGGCUCACAAGAUCUGCCAGCACGGAGGAGACGGCCAGGUUUUCUCGUGCACGUACUGCGACAAGGAGAGUACGACGGAAGUGGAGCUCGCGGACCACAUGCGGAUGCACUUCAACGAGAAGGCGUACCGAUGCAAGUACUGCGGGAGAGAGUUUGCACUCUGCGGGAGCAUGAAAGCGCACGAGGCGCGCCACAGGAAGGAGCGCAAGUUUCCGUGUUCGGCCUGCGCGGAGGAGUUUACGACCCAGUCCAAGCUAAAGGAGCAUUUCCAGGCUUUGCACAGUGUGGUGCACGUGGAAUCGGUCGACGACAUCAACGUGUUACCAUUGGGUGAAAGUGAGAAUGUCACGUGGGAGAUAGUGACUUGAUGUUUCUCUGAACACCCUAGUCUGGAAAGGUCACGUUCCAUAGCAUCGUUAUUGCAUUCUGGCUCUUAAGUGAAGACUACAGCAAAAAACGAAAUGUCCUUGAGUAAUUUCAUGUUGUAAAAUGAGCAUUAACAUUUAACGUACCAAAAGCGGCACAGACUGAUAACGUACUUCGAACCACACCCCCUGCUGACUGAUCCACGCUCUGAAACGACGGAACACUCCGAGUGGUCUACUGGCCCUAUUCUGGGACUAGCGACCGGGACAUUCUCGUAAUAUUUUAACGCGCUCGUUGUUUGUGCUUUCAAUGCCAUUUCAAGCUAAUUCUUUCUCUCUCUUUUCUGUAGUAGUAGCCACAUAAUAGUAGGUCCAUUAUUUUCGAAGGAAAAGUGCUGCACCAGUUCCUAAGUACAUCCUAUGACGAAAAGAAUGUGAAACUUGCAUAUUUGGGAACCUGAUGGAGCUUAUCGUGUAGUCCGUGCUCGCAUUUCCUUACAUCGGAAAUAUAGUAUCUCAUCAGGGUGUCUACCAACCUGGAAAACAGAAUUAUCCCGGGAUUUUGAUGUGACUGGAAAAGUAAGGGAAUUUGCCAAAAAGGCAGAUGAAGUUGGGGAAAAGCGUCGUCACGAUGCACAGUGAAUCACGAGUGCUGAUAAGUGGUUGCGUGGCCACGCUGCAGCAACGCUACAGGGACGACAAUCUCGGAAGUAGAAAAGGACGGCAGUUUUACUAAUUUCUCAAUAAAUGAUCUGUUUUACGAA